UGCGACGAAGCGACAUAUGAAUUGUCUAAACUUGGCCUUCCUUGCUUUAAACUUCUACCGAGUAAGGAAAUGAAAGGUCUGAGACAAGCUGGUCCGAUCAGGCAGUAUUUGGAGGACAAUCACUGUUCCAUUGAGAAAAUGAUUCAACCAUCGGACUCUAAAUUCCCGUUACUGGGUUAUACCAAUGAAAUGGCACAGUUCACUUCGGCUCUAAAUCUUAUCACCGAGCACCGGGAGAAAAGCCAUCGCCGAUUGGUGGUCUUUGAGGGUGAAGCUGGUGUCGGAAAGUCACGCGUCCUGCAAGCAGCAACAGACUUGGCGACGCAACAAGGUCACAGGGUUGUUUCAUGUCCACUGUAUUUGAACGAUUCUACCAACCCCUACUACACUGUGAAGAGACUACUCAAGACAUUGUUCAGCAUGGACGGUUGCAGUACCCACAUCGAACGCGAGGAGGCUCUGUAUAAAUGCUCAGAUGGUAUCACGGGGUACCUCUGCCUUCUCAACGAUCUGCUUGGGCUACAGAUUACAUGCGAUGAAGAACUGACUCACAUGAGUACUUCAAAACGAGAUCUGGAAAUGAGGAAACUAUUGAACCAAAUUAUUCAUCAGUUCGCCAACAAAACCUGUCUGAUUUUUGCGAUCGAUGACGCACACUUCAUGGACAAUGAAUCAUGGGAAUUUUUAACUGAUCUGGCUUCUGAUUCCAAAGCAGUUUGCGUUUUAGCGAUGCGACCUUGCCCGACAAACAAAGAACAGUGCCCAGCAGCAACUGUCGCGCUCAACAAUGAGUACACUUUACGUAUCAAACUGAAGGGCCUCGAGCCGCAGUUCAUGGGCCCUCUAGCGUGUCAGUUUCUUGAUUGUGUGAAGGUAGCAGAAGAACUGCUUAGGAUUUUGGAAACUCGCAGCCAUGGAUUGCCUUCUUGGGUAGAAGCACUUGUUAAUGAUCUGAUGGCAACAAACAAGAUACACGUAGUCCACAAUCAGGAAGGCCAUAACGUUUGCAUCGUGACGCCAGGCUUGAAACUUCACAUGCUGCCCAUACCGGCAUCUCUAUCAGGUAUGAUCUUGGCUAAGAUCGAUCGCUUGUCAGCCACUGAACGCAUGGUAAUCAAGUGUGCCUCAGUCAUCGGCAUGUCAAUGGAAAAAGAUACCCUGUUACGGAUAUUGCCAAAUGCCAAUGCAAAGAAAUUCGAAUCGUCUUUAGCUAUUCUAUCAAAAGCAGCACUAUUAGAUGUGUCGUUCAGCAGCGAUAGCUUCAAAGAGACUCUUCGAUUCCGCACCGCCAUUGUCCAAGAAUGUGCCUACUCUACCUUACUCGAAAGUCAACGCAAGAAGCUCCACGGCAAGGUUGCUAACUACUUAGAUGAAAACUUCAUCAACUCCCAACGUGACGAUCAAGGAACUGGGUACAAGCCUCUUUCAUUUUUCAAGAAAAUGAAGUUCAACAAAUCACGCGGCACGCCAUCAAAACUGAGUUGCUCGCCGAGCACAACAAGUUUGAUAACCGAGAAAAGCGAGGAGGAAGAAUUAGUGACGGUGUAUCCUCAAUUGAUACGCCAUUGGCGGGCUGCUGGCAGCAACUCAAAAACUAGGCACUACCUCAUAAAAGCAGGUUCCAUCGCAAUCAGCACAGGCCACAAUAUGCAGGCUAUAUCAUACUUGGCACAAGCAAAGAAUCUAAAUCCUUCCAGAGAACAGUUAGCUUACAUCGACGAUCUUCUUAAUUUGGCUUUGAACUGGAGUUUAAGAACUUUCACCGAUAACGUCAAGGGCCGUGAUACCCGCUGGAAGGGCGCUCUCAAAACAGUUGUACGCAGUAGACGAGGCAAGGCAGUGUUGAACCAUCCCGAUCUCUACGAUGAUGAUGGUGUCGUUGCUAGGAGAUCUUGUCGUUGUUUCUACGUCAUAUUCAUGAUGUUAUUAUUUGCCGCUGCUGCUGGAUUUUCCAUUUUCUACUGGGAGCUGCAUCAUCAACUAUAAUUUGAGAAAUGAUGUGUAUAAACCAUAUAUGGUUAUGUGAUUAAAAAUGAUUUGAAACGCAA